AUGGCCGAAUCGAACCCAACAGAAUCAGCUCUACUAGCUUCAAAAAUAUGCAAUCAGAUAAGCUCCGUCUUCUCCACAAAAUCCCCAAAUCCAGCAGCAUUAGACGUGUUGGUGCAAGAAAUCGCAGAUGCUGCUAACCGCAACGGCCGAGUAUUCAUAUACGGCGUGGGCCGUGAAAGAUUGAUGUUGAAAGCCCUAUCCAUGAGGCUUUUCCAUCUCGGUUUAUUAGCAGACUGCGUCUUCGACAUGAACACUCCUCCAAUUGGUCCCUCCGACCUCCUAAUAUCCUCCGCCGGUCCAGGCAGUCCGCUUCAGACAGAGUUUGCCGCUUCAUUAAUCGUUGGAUCGUGCUCAAAUUUGAACUGGGAGUUCUCAGCAUCUGGUUCUUGA